AGCUGGGGAGGAAGUGCCCGUCCCGCUGCACGGGCACCCGGCCACGCCGAGGAUCUGAGUUUCCCUCAGGUUCUGGCCAUGGAGGCGAAGCCACCGCUGUACCCGGUGGCGGGGGCCGCAGGGCCAGAGGGUGACAAGGACUCGCUCGGGGUCCCUGACGGACUCGGCGUCCCGGAUGGACUCGGGGUCCCCGACGGGCCCGAGGCGCCGCUGGACGAGCUGGUGGGCGCGUACCCCAACUACAACGAGGAAGAGGAGGAGCGCCGCUACUACCGCCGCAAGCGCCUGGCCGUGGUCAAGAACGUGCUGGCGGCCAGCGCGGGUGGCAUGCUCACCUACGGCGUCUACCUGGGCCUCCUGCAGAUGCAGCUAAUCCUGCACUACGAUGAGACCUACCGCGAGGUGAAGUACGGCAACAUGGGGCUGCCCGACAUCGACAGCAAGAUGCUGAUGGGCAUCAACGUGACGCCCAUCGCUGCGCUGCUCUACACGCCUGUACUCAUCAGGUUUUUUGGCACCAAGUGGAUGAUGUUCCUGGCUGUGGGCAUCUACGCCCUCUUUGUGUCCACUAACUACUGGGAGCGCUACUAUACACUUGUGCCCUCUGCGGUGGCCCUAGGCAUGGCUAUCGUGCCUCUUUGGGCCUCCAUGGGCAACUACAUCACCAGGAUGGCGCAGAAGUACUAUGAGUUCUCCCAUUACAAGGAGGAUGAGCAGAAGCCCCAGCAGCGCCCACCGCGGGGCUCCCACGCACCCUAUCUCCUGGUUUUCCAAGCCAUCUUCUAUAGCUUCUUCCAUCUUAGUUUCGCCUGUGCCCAGCUGCCUAUGAUUUAUUUCCUGAACUCCUACCUGUACGACCUCAACCACACACUCUGCAACGUGCACAGCUGCGGCACUAACAGCCACGGCAUCCUCAACGGCUUCAACAAGACGGUUCUACGAACGCUACCGCGGAGCAAAAACCUCAUCGUGGUGGAGACAGUGCUCAUGGCGGUGGCUUUCCUGGCCAUGUUGCUGGUGUUGGGCCUGUGUGGCGCUGCGUACCGGCCCACCGAGGAAAUCGACCUGCGCAGCGUGGGCUGGGGCAACAUCUUCCAGCUGCCCUUCAAGCACGUGCGUGACUUCCGCCUGCGCCACCUAGUGCCCUUCUUUAUCUACAGCGGUUUUGAAGUCCUCUUUGCCUGCACCGGUCUUGCCCUGGGAUAUGGUGUGUGCUCCAUAGGGCUGGAACAGCUGGCCUACCUCCUCACUGCUUAUGGCCUGGGAGCCUCAGCCGCCUCAUUCCUGGGGCUGUUGGGGCUGUGGCUGCCACGCUCAGUGCCCCUGGUAGCUGGGGCACUGCUGCACCUGCUGCUCAUCAUCAGCCUCUUUUUCUGGGCCCCUGUGCCUAAGGUCCAGCAACACCGCUGGAUCCUGUAUGCGGCAGCUGUUCUCUGGGGUGUGGGCAGCGCACUCAACAAGACAGGACUCAGCACACUCCUGGGAAUCAUGUACGAGGACAAGGAGAGGCAGGACUUCAUCUUCACCAUCUACCACUGGUGGCAGGCUGUGGCCAUCUUUGCGGUAUACUUGGGCUCCAGCUUGCCCAUGAAGGCUAAAUUGGCUGUGCUGCUGGUGACCCUGGUGGUGGCUGUGGCCUCCUACCUCUGGAUGGAGCAGAAGUUGCAGCGUGGGGCCCUCCCAAGGCAGCCGCGCAUUCCGCGGCCCCAGCACAAGGUGCGUGGCUAUCGCUACCUGGAAGAGGACAACUCUGAUGAGAGCGACGCGGAGGGCGAGCGCUGCGGAGACUGCGGCCAGGGCGCCUGCGCGGAGGAGGAGGCGCGGCAGCGGAGGCCACCCUCUGGUCGGGAGCCUGCUGGCCGCUGUCGCAGGCCCUGCCCCUAUGAACAGGCGCAGGGGGGUGAUGGGCCGGAGGAGCAAUGAGGACCCAAGGAGCUGACCUGGCCCUUGGACUCCGCCUUUGUGCUACUUACCCUGAGUUUACCAUCUCCGAUUGACGGUAAUGGGUCCCCUCAGGGUCCUUCCCAUUGGCAGGAAGGACCCUCUGUCCCCUCCCCUGUGUUCAAGACUGACCCUUCCAGAGCUUGGGUUUUCUGGAACUUUUGUGGCCCUGUCCAGGACGAGGUGGGCCCUGUGCCCACAAGGGCUGCCACCCAGAACCCUGCACACAGCAGUCUCCCGACCCCCUGCACCCAAAGCCCACCUCCUUUGGGCUGCAUCCCUGGAUGCUUGUGACAUGCUUUGCACUUCCCACCCCAGGAUCCUCCGCAGAAGCACGACUUUUUACAGAAGGUGAACAAUAAAGAGAUUUUUGUAUUUUC